AUGAAAGAUCAUGUUAUUUUGUUUCAGGAUGAUUACAAACAAUUUCCUUCUACUCAAACAACUUCUGGUGCAACUCAAAAGGGUCUUUCCACUAAAGCAACUUGUUCUAGUGCAGCGGCAAAGGAAGAGAAUAUUGGAUACGAAUUCCAACUUAUUGAAGCGGUUAAGAAAAUUCCCCCUUUAUAUGAUACGGCGUCUCGUACUAAUUAUAAGUUCGAUGAGCAUUGGAAGAAAAUUGGAAUUGAUCUUGGAAAGAAUCCGGAAGAAGUCAAAAAGCGCUGGAACGGCUUACGCUCAAUAUUUGUUCGAGAACUCGCAAAGGUCAAGAGCACUGGAAAGGCUUCGCGGUGGGAAUAUUACGAAGCAAUGGAUUGGUUAAUAGUGUAUUUGCGCAAAGGCACUGAUGGGAACAUGGAAUAA